AUGGCCGCCUCUCGAUCAACACGCAGCGACUUCCGCGGGAAGCAGCCCGCGCGACAGGCACGUCGUAGCAAUACCAACGUUUCAGCGCGCAUCGCGCGUGACUCGCAGCCCAAGUCACGUCGCGGCGUCGCCAAGCGCAACCUCGCGCUACCAUUCUCACCGCCCGAAGACUGGCACGAGCCAUCCGAAGAGUGCGACGGCUACCGCGUCAUCGUGCAGCGGCCCGGUGAGGGCUAUCGCCACGUCCUCACGCCCGAGGACGUGCGUGAACGGCUGGCGCAAUUGCCCGAAUCGUUCCUCGUGGACCUCGAAGUGGUCCAAUUCAGCCGCAUGACCCGCAAGAAGCAGUCCCUGCCGUGCUAUGGCAUGCAGUGGGGGCCCGCGCUGUACCUCUAUCCGAUCGACGAGACGCUCGUCGAGUACUUCGGCCAACCGCCGACGCCCGCCAUCUACAACGAAUCGAAGAUGUACGGCGGGAAGUGGAACGAGGGGGACGGUGGCUAUUGGACGCUCACCUGGAGUGAGUCCGCGAUCCGCGACUUCUACCUCAACAACAUCCUGAUCCACGAGCUGGGCCACCUGCUCGACGACCGCAACAGCAGCUACAUCGACCGCGAGCGCUACGCCGAGUGGUUCGCUACCGAGUACGGCUACCGCGGCACCGGCGGCGCGGCGUCGCGUCGGCCGAAGCAGAAGGUCAAGCGGCGGCACCAUGCGUGUUGA